UUGGAAUGUGUAAGUGAGCGGAAGACUGAGGCGAACAUUGCCGUGUCCAUCCGAAGAACAUGGUGACCUGCAGCAUGAGAUGCACAGAGGAGGGACUGCUGGGAGCAACACUCGCCUUCAGCUCCGGCAAAAGGAAACGGGACAGCGUAUAUUCCCCAGGGGACGCCACACCGGGGGACAGAGGAGAGGGGGAGCCCAAAUGUCCCAGCGUGGGGACCAAGAAGAGAGCCAAGUAUUCUCGGCACAGGAAGCAGAGUCUGGAGCUGAGGAGCUGCGAUUCUGGUGUCGCCGAUCUCUAUGAGACUCCCAGCCCGUCCCCAGUGGCCCCCAGUCCGACGCACGAGCCCUGGGACACUUGCACCCCCAUGUACGAUGGACUCGGCCUGCAGAACUUCAGGGACUAUGGGCAGGACUGCUACACGUUUAAUAAGAGCCUGGAGGACAAGUUCCUUGCAGUGAAUUGCUUGAAAAAUCAGCCCCAGAUACAAGCCGAGUCUCGCUGUAAGCUUAUCAGCUGGCUGAUCCCUGUACACAGACACCUCAACCUUGGCUUUGAAUCCCUUUGCCUCACAGUUAAUAUCUUGGACAGAUUCCUGGCCUGCACACCAGUUGCUUCCGACUGCUUCCAGCUUGUGGGCGUCACUUCUCUCCUUAUUGCCUCCAAGCAGGUAGAGACCCGGCCUCCGCGUGUGAAACAGCUGCUGGCUCUGUGCUGUGAUGCUUUUUCCAGGGAACAGUUGUGUAAUUUGGAGUGCAUCAUCCUCCUUAAACUGCACUUCCGCCUCGGAGCCCCCACUAUAAACUUCUUCCUGCAACACUUCUCCCUUCUGAGAGUGACCAACGAGGAAUCAUCUGACACAGAGCUCAGCGAAACCACCAAGUCCGUGACCGUAGCUAGAGGCAUUGCAGAACUGAGCCUGGCAGAUUAUGCCUUCAACUCCUAUUCUCCAUCCCUCAUGGCUGUGUGUUGCCUGGAAAUAGCAGACCGCAUGCUGUGCCACAGGAACCCAAUCAGAGCACGGGUCAGCGACUAUCAUGAGAGCUUAAUACAGGAGUGUGUGGGAAAGAUAGACUUGCUUGUCUCCUUAAACCAAGACUCCUUGCACCGUCUUCUGCCAAGUCAGUUUGCUGUCAAGAGCAUUAAUGUGGAUAACUAAACUGAUGGGACUGAGAACGAUUUUCAUUUUGUGAAGCUGAAACCUUAGCAAGCUAACACAAGCCUCUCAGUAUAGUGCUGCUAUGUUUUCCUCAAUGAAAUCUAACCAUUUUAGGGGCAUUAAAACAAUGAAGUACUUAAUAUAUAUAUAUAUAUUAGGGAUCAGAACCGCCAUCAGAAAUCACAGGGCCCCAUACGACAAAAUUUCCUGGGCCCCCUGGGCUGCGCCCACCCCAAGCCGACCUAAAGAUCCACCCUCCCCACCCUACAGGUCCGCCCCCCACCACACAAUAAAAAAACAAAAAAAAUAUUGGUGGCUAGGGUUCCCACAUGUUAAUAAAAAAUAAAAAGAUAUUUGUGGACAGGGCCCCCCAUAAAAAAAACAGUUGUGGCCAGGGCCCCCCCAUUAAAAAAUAUUGGUGGCUAGGACCCCCACAUGAGAAAAAAAAAUUGGUGGCCAGCCCCCCCCCACAUUAUAAGAAAAUUGGUGGCCAGGGCCCCUUAAACGUCCAUGCCUUCCCGAAGUCAGCAGCUCUCAGAAAGGUGGGGGCCCGGCUAAUCAAGUAAGUGUGGCGUGGCUGGGCCCCCCUUACCCUCGGGGCCCCCUACAACUCUCCCCCCUGUCCCCCCCGAUGGCUGCUCUGUUAGGGAUGCACUGAAGUCACUAUUUUGGAUUGGGCCGAAUCCCCGAAUCCAUUGUGAACAAUUCGGCUGAAUACCGAAUGGAGAACGGAAUCCUAAUUUUCAUAUGCAAAUUAGGGUCAGGAAAUUAAAAAGUGGGGAAAUUUUUUUUUACUUCCUUUAUUUUGUGACGAAAAGUCACGCGAUUUUCCUUCCCAUCCCUAACUUAGACAUGCAAAUUAGUAUUCGGUUCGGCCAUGCACAAGGAUUUGGCAAAAUCCCGAACUGAAUCCUGGAUUUGGUGCAUCCCUAAUAUACAGUAUAUAUAAAUAUAUAUAUAUAUCCUUGUCUAGCAGUAUUUCCUUUUAACUCCAGACUUGAAGUUGUCAUUUUUAAUGCAGUUGUUUUAAUUUAUUUUUUUUAGUGCAAUAUUUAUAUUCUAAACAUUUAUUAGGAACUAAAAGUUUUACUGCUGUUGUGUUUCAUAUUCAUUUGCACUGAUAACCUUUGGUUAUGCCGCCCUGUGUUAUUUGUAUAUAAUGUACAUAAUCUGGUAAGUGUGUUGAGUUCAUGAGCGUUCAUGAGGCACUGAUAUGGAUUUGAUGAUUGUUCUACUUGAAUAAAAUGUUUAACAUGUG